AUGUCGGGAGAUAGCAAACAGGAAAAGAGCCAGAAUCCUCUUAUAUCUGAAAUUGAACAAAACCUACCAGAAAACACCCCAGAAAAUCCUCAACCAAGACUGUUUAAAGUCACUAAGGCAGACCUUUAUGAACAUACACAAUAUACUAAAACUUUCCCAAAAAAUCUUGAUGUUAAAGCACCAAUUGUAGAGGAUUAUCAAAACGUUGGUACAUUAACUGAAGACGGUGUUGAUUAUGAAGUUACAAAGACUGAUCCAAAAGGUGAGGAAAAAAUUACAGAAAAUGGUUAUUUAUUAGGUGGUCGUCAAUAUAUUUUAUCAACAUUUACACUACCGGGACGUGGUAAAAAACUUUUCGUAUUAGGUACAGAAGCUGCUAAAUUCUUGAACAGUAGAGAUGCUUUUGUUUUAUUCAAUAAAUAUAAACAAUUAUGUAAAUCAACUGCAAGUGAUGAAGAAAGAAAAUUUUUAGAAAAAUGUAAUUUUAGUAUAUCAAAAAUUAAAUCAAGAUCAGUGGCAUUUACAUCAGCAAGAAAUUUAUAUAUGGUUUUUGGUGCAAGAAUCCUUAAGAAAGGUAAAAGAAUUGUUGAUGAUUAUUGGGAAGAUUCAGCUAAAGAACAAGGUUUUAAAGAAACUGAUCAAGUUUUCCCAGUGGAUAGAAAUACUACAGUUCCAAAACCUGAAGUUUUAAAACCCAAACCAGCUCCAAAACCAUUACCAAAAGCUCCAAAAGUAACAUUUAUUAAUCCAUUACCACCUAUUGAAGAUAGAAGAGAUUAUUUGACCACAUUUAGUCAAGGAAAUCCAAUUCAAGUUUUACCAGGUCAAGGUAUAACUGGUGGAUUAGAAUUGGCUUCAGUUGCUACAAUACCGAAAUAUAAAAAUGAACAUACAGGUGGUGUUAAACAUAGAAGUAUAUUGAGUACUUUAUCAACAAGUUCUUCAACUCCAUCACUUUCCACACAAUCAACAACAAUACCUAUAAAUGAUUCAUUAGUUGGAGAAAAAUCUCCAGGUGGAUUACUAUAUUAUCAUUCUUCAGUUAUUAAAAGAAUAAAUCAAGAUGAUUCUGAAAAAAUUAAAGAAAUUGAAUAUUUGCAUGGAACAGUUGAAACAAAUAAUUAUAUUGCAUUAGCAAGAAAACCAAGAGAAAAACAAUGGAAUUAUUAUUGGCAAGUUAAAAGUGGUACACCAUUAGGAUUAACAGAAAAGGAUAAAGAUAAAUAUUUUCAAGAACAAGAAGAAUCAUUAAAAGAAAUUAAAGAAGAAACAAUAUAUAAUGAAUUAUUAUAUUGUGAUCAAAUUAUUAAAAAAAGAAAAAUUCCAAAUCCAAAUUAUAUUAAACAUGGUAAUAUUGAAGCACCAAAACCUCCAUAUUAUGAAAAGCCAAUUGAAGAUCAACCACAGAAUGAACAACAACAAAUUCCACAAUCUUUGAAUGGACAACCAUCAAUCUCUGGACAAAUAAACCCAAAUGGUCAACCAACUUCAAUUCCAAAUCAAAUACCAAGUGGUACUCCAAUAAGUCAACCUUAUCAUAUAACAGAUCCUCAACAAACUACAAGAUUCCCAACACAAUCAAUUCCUCAACAACAUGUUGGUUUUGUACAAGGUGGUAUUCCACAAGGUUUACCAACUGGUAUUCCACAACAAAAUGUUUAUGGUCAAUAUGGUAGAUGA